AUGGUUUCACCCCGAAAGCGAACAAGCCAGCAUUCCAAGAUUCCGCCGUCGGAGGCCCUCACUCGUGCUGCCGACAUUCUAGCUACUCUCGAGGCUGAAACUAACCAAUGGGCCAAAGACGGCGGUUUUGAGUUCGACGAUGGUCAUCCUACAGAGAAGCGACAGCCACGAAGCUCGGACCGACCUCUCAGUGUUUGGGCCAGAAACGAUGUCGCCCCAUUUUUGGACGAGCUCCUCCGUCUUGAAGGCCUUCCCCUCCACGAUCUUUGUCACCAAUGUGGAGCCAGUCCGGGCACACUUCGUUGUCGCCACUGUUUCAUGUCUGUGGAUUCAACUUUUUGCGAUGCUUGUAUUCUUCGGCAACAUGAGGAGCUACCAUUCCACCGUAUUGACCGUUGGACGGGGUCUUUUUUCCAGCCCACAACGCUGAAGGCAUUGGGUCAGCGUGUACAACUUGGCCAUCCAAUCGGUACAAAAUGCCCUGCAACGUUGGCUCGUCUUGCCACCCUUGGGCCAACUCAAUCCCACGACGACGAGUUCUGCGUUGUUGACUGCAAUGGCGUUCACGACAUCUCAAUUGAUUUCUGCGGUUGUCCUUCGGCUGGGGAGCGGACCACACAACUCCUUCGCGCUCGUCUUUUCCCUGCCACGACUACCAGACCUCAAACGGCUGUCAGGGGAACCCCUGAUGCCGUCACUUGA